AUGCGGAUAUUAUCACAAUGGUUAUUAUCUCUCUUAGGCGGUGGUGAUUUACAUCUUGAUGAUCAGUACGAAAGCCCUCCAAUUGUGGUAGCUCAAAAGAUUCUUUUGGCGGCUGAGAAAGUUGGUGUACCAGAGGUGGCGCAGCUUAGCGCCCCCGCGCUAACCAGCGGUGUUAGCGUCGAAGUAUGCAUCCUGUUGGACGCCCUAACUACUGCUGUCGUAAGUGGAGAAGAGUAUUGCACCACCCCGCCAGCAUAUCCACGAGAGCCCGUCGAAACGUUAGAGUCGAGCGAUGCGUUGGAUGUUACUGACGAUGACGGACAGCAGAAUGCCAGUACCGACGGGGUUGGAGAAUCAACGGCCUCGCUAGAUACCGAAGUCGACGACGUUUUCUCGCGGUGGCUGGUGGUGAAAGAGGAGCAACUGCUUUCUGGGCUAACCGAGGACGCAGACAAUGGAAACGCCAUGAUUCAUACCGAUAUUGACCCGGCUGCUUGGGAGCUUGAGCGUCGUCGCAUGCUCCCGAAACUGCAAGCUGUUCUGCAGGAUAAGCUUCAUCGCCGCCCAGCUGAAAGCUCGUGGCGUGUUCGAUUGGACCAAGUGCAGACACAUGCUGGGUCAAUAGUCUCAGGACAGGAUGAUAUGAAGAACGAAAUUGCCAAGAUUCAAGCGAGUCGUCACAAGCAAACAGAUGAACUGGAACGGUACGAAAAGAUGCUGAACAAUCGUUUCCUGCGGGCGAGACGUCUGUAUCAUGAGGGCACGACGAGAUUGUCCAAGGCACAAAGCCUGAUGCAAACUGCUCAGCAGGCCGAGCCCUUCCUCACUUUCGAGAGCAUCCAGUUCGACGCGGACUCGCGCCUUGCAACGUUCCAGUUCCAUUUCUGCGGAGGCCGCCGCUUCCAAGCCGCGAUGAGCUUGGCUGGUCCAUUGCAAGGCUUGGACGAGACGUCGCCGGUUCUGCGCAAUGCGUUGCUGCACAUUGGACUCUGCAUCCUGCCGUGGUUCUGGAUGGGCUACAACUGCAAGUACAUUCGGAUCGAAGCGGGAUACCUCAACCCGGAGCAGGUGCACUUUUGGGAAGAGUUCUACCAGAACGUGCUGAGCGAGUUUCUGUAUCUGCACGGGCUGGACCGCGAUCGCCUGUACAUUAUCGUGGAUGCCCCUGCCAGCGAGGCUCUUCCGGUGCUGCCGGAUAGGAAGCUGGAAGAACAGAGCAAGGCCAAGGUCUUGGUUCCAUUGGGCGGUGGCAAGGACUCGCUUGUGGUGUACCAACUGUUGUCCUCGAGUGACACGCCUUGUGCCUGGUUGCACGUGGGGGAUCGUCCGGAGGAGUUUGAGCGUAGCUGGCGGUUCAAAGAAAUCGUCGAAAUGACGCAGAACCGCACGGGGGGCACUGCGUUCCGUUUCGAGCACAACAUGGAUGACAAGACUUGGGAGCGCGAGGUUGGAGGUACGAGAUACCAACCCGCCGGCCACCCGUGGGCUGCGCUCGUUGCGUUCGACAGCGUGCUAGCUGCCAUUUUGGGUGACUUCACGCACGUGGCUGUAGGCAAUGAGCGCAGCGCGAAUUACGGCAACAACAUCGUGCACGAAGGUAUCCUGGUGAACCACCAGUACGACAAGAGCUUCGACUUUGAGACGCGCGCGCACGCGUACAUUCGGAAGUAUCUGGUUGAAGAUCUGCACUACUUCUCUGCCCUUCAGCACCUAUGGGAGGUUCAGAUCGCGCGUACUUUUGCGAGUCGGUCGUUGGAAAGCUCGGAGAACUUCUUGCCCGUCUUUUUGAGCUGCAACGAGGCCCCUGACGGCGACAAGUGGUGCUGCAAGUGUGCCAAGUGCGCGUUUGUGUUCAUCCUCAUGAGCGCCUGGUGCUCGGAAGCGCAACUUGUGGAAAUCUUUGGUGAGAAUCUGUUUGAGAAGCAGUCGAUUUUCUCCGACUUCCUCUCUCUGCUGGACGAGGAAGGCGUGAAGCCCAUGGAAUGUGUUGGCACGGCUUGCGAGACGUGGCUGUCACUGUACUUGGCGCUGCGAGUCCACGGCGAGAGCACGUUUUUGAAGGCCCAUGAGGAAGAGAUUCGACGAAAGGGAGCCGAGCUCAUGCACCUCCUUGACGACUACAACAGUGAGCACUUGCUGCCGCAGUUCUUGGAGCCAACUCUGCGCCAACCUAUUAUGGCACUGGAAGCUUAA